CUGUCCCCACGGAGCGGGGGGAGGACAGCAGAUGUUCAGCGGCACUCAGGGCGCCAUGUCGGCUUCGUUCUGUAAAAGUUUAUACCCGUUCAGCGGCGAGCAGCACCGGCAGGGACUGAGCUUCCAGGCCGGGGACAUCAUCAGGGUGGUCCAGGCUCUGCCCGGAGGCUGGUGGGAGGGGGAGAGGGAUGGAGUCCGAGGAUGGUUCCCCUCCAGCUACGUGCACGUCCUGGAGAGGACAGCAUCUCUAAGUCAGCUCCCUGUCGAGGACCUCCGAGCCCCCCUGCCUCCUCAAUGGAGAUGCUACAUGUCUCCACAAGGACGGCAAUACUACGUCAACACCACAAGCAAUGAAACUACAUGGGAGAGGCCGUGCAAUGCACCAGGGACCCCCAAGACCUCUCUUCGACACAAGAACUCCCUUCCGACAGUAAAUGGAUUGCACUUAGGUGGUAGUCCCUUGCAUCAUGUGGACCAUUCUCACAGCAGUCUGGUUAGGAAGAGCAGUACAGAGCCACAGAGCCCUGGAUCAACGUCACCCACCAGGAAACACAACAAGGAGACCACGUUCACGAUUAACUGUGUGACUUUCCCGACUCCUGCAUGUAUGCUGGAGCAACAGCUGCUGAAACCAAACGAAUGGAGCUACUGUGACUUCUUCUGGACCGAUAAGAAGGAUCCACAGGGCAACGGCUGCGUCACAGGAUUUGAGGUUUUGCUGCAGAAACAGCUGAAGGGGAAACAAAUGCAGAAAGAGAUGGCAGAGUUUAUACGAGAAAGGAUAAAGAUAGAAGAGGAGUACGCCAAGAACCUCUCCAAGCUCUCUCAGAACCCUCUGGCGAGCCAGGAAGAAGGGACUCUGGGGGAGGCCUGGGCCCAGUUGAAGAAGAGUCUGGCAGACGAAGCUGAGGUUCACCUUAAGUUCUCCGCAAAGCUCCAGAGUGAAGUGGAAAAGCCUUUUCUGGCAUUCAGGGAGAACUUUAAGAAGGACAUGAAGAGGUUUGACUAUCACAUUGCCGACCUGAGGAAGCAGCUGGUUGGUCGCUAUGCAGCGGUGGAGAAGGCCCGUAAAGCUCUGGCUGACAGACAGAAAGAGCUGGAGGUUAAGACUCAGCAGUUGGAGAUCAAACUCAGCAACAAGAUUGAAGAAGACAUUAAGAAGGCCCGCCGAAAAUCCACACAAGCAGGAGACGAGCUGAUGCGCUGUGUCGACCUUUAUAACCAGUCUCAAUCCAAAUGGUUCGAGGAGAUGGUCACUACGAGUCUGGAGCUGGAGCGGCUGGAGGUGCAGCGGGUGGAGAUGAUUAGACAGCAUCUGUGUCAGUACACCACCCUCCGACAUGAGACAGACAUGUUCAAUCAAAGUACGAUGGAGCCAGUGGACCAGCUGUUGCAAGGGGUGGACCCGGCCAGAGACAGAGAGCUGUGGGUGCGGGACAAUCAGACCGGACAGAUCAGGCCAGUGGACAUUCAGAUCUGACCUCAGUGCUGUGCUUGUGCUCACACUCAGGAACACUGAGCCUGAGGCUUUAUGUCUCAGGACUGACUUCAAAAAGACAGAGGGAGGAUCAGUCAGCGCUCACUGGCUCUUCACCGCCCAACAGCAGCCUGCUGAGGGUGUUGUCAGUAUUUGGGGAGUAUUAUGAGAAGCCUAAGCAAUGAAUGAAGAUGUCAGAAAUUGACCGGUCUUAGUGUUCUGUUAUGCAAGCUGAUUGCCAGCUGAGACAGCACAGGGAAAUGGGAUCAAAGAGUGUGAAUGGUAAGGCAAAAGGUGAGGCAAAUGAUCAAGAAGCACCAACAUAAACAUUUAACCCCUGUAAAUGUUUAAUAGCUUUUUUUCAAGCAGCAGUGGAAUGCGGCAGUUGGCUUUUGGUUUUGCUCUGUUAGUUAACUCUAUGAUUGAACAGGUGUUGUAAAUGCCUUCUGACCUAAGAGUGAUAUUACUGUGUCCCAGAAUAAGACUUAGUUUAUUAAAUACUACUAGCCCCCCCUUGUGCAUGUAUUGAUUGUUUGCUAAGCCUCGCCCCGCCUUGUUAUGGUGCGUUCACACAGAGGCCAAGUGAAUGUUCACCCUGCGUAGUUUGUCAUAUUGAUCAUUUGUGUUUCCUCGUGUUACCCGUCGGUGUAGAGCUGCAGGCACCAACAAUGUUUUUUUUCUGUCAUUAACAUGGCCGUAUAACCACUGUGGCUGCUUUGUAAGUCCCAGGUAUGUCAGAGAUUCAAACGGCGACAUGUCUGGAAAAAUUUUAUCUCGAAGAGCAAAAAGCACUCAGUCAUUUUCAAGGGAGUAAAUGUUUGGUCUUGGUUAGGGCUAUUGUUGCAACCGCUAUAGCAGAGUUACCAGCGGAAACACUGGUACAAUUACAGGUUUGUCUCGCAUGCUUAACAAUAUACAGCUGUGUUAAUAAUAUUAAUAAAACAAUAUACAGCUGUGUUAAUAAAAAUUAUAACUGUGGUCAAAAUUCAGAAGUGUGGCGGGGCUGCGCGGAGAGUAAAAGAAGAGAUAGUCAAG